GCACUGGACUGCAUUAACACCGAUCGCCGAACUAUCUCUGCUGCAAGGCAAAAAACACCGCCUGCUGCUGAUUGCGCGCGUGGACUUCAUCCGUUCCAAUAUGCAUGCUACAGUGGGUACUGGAGACUCUAACGCAGCUUCAACCUCUCAUAUAUGUAGGAGACAGCCACCUUGAUGUCUUUUCUCCUCCUCAAACACGCCUUCAGCAUGACGGCCCAAGGCUCAGGGAGCGCGAAGCUCACAAUCCGUUUCGGGAUGCAAACGACGCCACUGCGACUGGAUCAAGCGUGCCGGUAUCUAGCGAGCGUCUUCCAGGCGAGCGCAAGCUAUUGGUGGUCUCCUGGUAGGACGCUGUGGCGCGGUCCCGGAAGGCCCUAGCUCCUGUCGAGAACGAUGAUUAGCAUCCUAUGAAGCGGAAGGAGGCCCA